CCUGUGAUGAACAACGACAAGCACUGUUUCGAGUGUUACGGGUAUGACAUCAUUAUUGAUGACAAGCUCAAGCCGUGGCUUAUCGAGGUCAACGCCUCUCCCUCACUGACCUCCAGCACAGCCAACGACCGCAUCCUGAAGUACAACCUCAUCAACGACACACUCAACAUCGUCACGCCCAACGGGGACAUCCCAGACUGCCGCUGGAAUCGCAGCCCGCCCCGAGAGGCCCUGGGCAACUAUCAAGUCCUGUAA